GACCAGGCAAAAGCAACCGAGCGCCGAUUUGAUCCACAACCUUCCCUAUGUGUAUAUAUUUUUUAUACUUUGUGAAGGGGGGAAUACGCAAGUCAACUCUAUCAAAAGUGAACGACUGAGGAAAGGAAAAUAAUGUAUGCUUUUGUUCGAUUUUUCGAAGACGAUCUGUGUUGCGCUUUGCCCGUUUCCAACAUCCAAGAUUUCAACCCCGAGCACGGAGCCGAUUUCGAUCAUCGGAAGGUGUAUGUGGUUCGCAGGGCAGAAGAAGAGAAUGGCAACGCAGGCCAGCCGGGCGAGGCUCACAUCCUUGCCCUUGCAGAUGCUGUAGAGGAGUUUGAAGACUUUAUAAUGCAAAAGAAGAUGAAAAUUCCCAAGAUGUCCAUCAAGAAUUCAGGAAAUUCAAUUGAGAACAGUUUUGGAGAGGAGAGGAUGCCUCUCAGGCAUAAAAAGGCCCUUUCUCAGGACCAUGCACGCCCCAUUUCAAACUCCUCCAAAAGUUUGGCAGCAGUAGUGGCUCGUCUAGAGAGAAACGCCGCCAGUUCCUGUAUGGAAGGUGAAGACGAUCUGGAUGAGGAUCGACUGGCUGAGGAGGGAGAAGAUGCUGACGAUGAAGAUGAAGAUAUGGAAGCAGAACAGCAACAGCAGGAGCAGCAUCAUCAUCAUCACCAGCAGCAGCAGGAACAUCUCGAUGUGGACACAGAUGUGGCUGCGGCGGUUGUUCCUCGCGUCCAUUAUGAGGAGGUGGUCGUCAGCUACAGGCAACAGGAGGAGGAGAUGAGAAGGCUGCAGCAGGAGCUGGAGCGAACACGUCGGCAGCUGGUGCAGCAGACCAAGAAACUCAAGGAAUAUGGCAACCUGCUGACUGAAGUCAAAGAACUCAGGGACUUCAAUCGACGGCUGCAGGAUGUGCUUCUCAUGAGGCUGGGCAGUGAGCCUAUGCAUGAUAGUGGCACUCAGACAAUCAAGGCUGAGGUGGGUGAACCCAUUGUUGAGACCCAGGAAACAUUCAGAGAAGAAGCCAACACCAGUUCCAGCUACUCACCAUCUCCUAGAACAGUCUACACAUGCAACGAUGGCAAGGUACACCUCGGUGGUGGGAUCUGGGUGGAGGAGGAGAAGUGGCACCAGUUGCAGCGCACCCAGGGAGACUCCAAGUUCACAAAGAACCUGGCUGUCAUGAUCUGGGGCACAGAAACCCUCAAAAACCGUAGCGUCACUGGAGUAGCUACCAAAAAGAAGAAAGACGCCCUUCCUAAACCUCCACUCUCACCAAGCAAGCUAAAAAUUGUCAGAGAGUGUCUGUACGACCGAGUUUCCCAAGAGACGGCAGACAGUGCGGAGAUAACGCAAAGAUUGUCCAAAGUGAACAAAUACAUUUGUGAGAAGAUCAUGGACAUCAACAAGUCCAUCAAGAACGAGGAGCGGCGGGAGUCCAAGCUGCUCAUCAGACAGACAGUCAAGAUGGAGAACUUUACCUAUGACGGCAUGUAAAGAUCAAGUGUUCUUCAGCGCCCCGCCUCUUCCCCAUCACGCAUAGGUCAAAGGAUAUGGAGGGGGCUCAGUUUGGGUACAUUUGAUGUUGUCUUCACGGUCUCAGCAGCACCGCUAUUCCUUCAACUCAUCAAAUUGGUUAUGGUAUGAAACACAAAAGGCCCCUUUUUUAAUAAAAAGGGGGGGGGGGGGAAUUAAACAGCACCUUCCUCACAGCUCUGUUUGCCCAUUAAGUUACAGACAGCUUUACCCACCAAGCAGAUGGGAACAAACAUGAGUUUUUUUUUGUUUGUUUGUUUUUUAAAAUAAGCUUUACAAUGGGAUCAGUAUGAAGAAAUGGUUUGCCUAAGUGUGUCUGGGUUAAAAAAAAGAUUGUGAAAUUAAUUUAUUGUUCUGUGUCAGAACAUCACUCGAGUCCUUUAAGCUUUUAAAAAGUAAAAGAUGACUUCCCUGGAUAAAAGUUUCCAGUUGCUGUAUGGUGGGAAACGUGCAUCUACUAGAGCUGUCUGGAUGUUUUGUGUGACUAAAACUGCUGGAGAACAGAGUGUCUGCAGUUGGUUAUGCACUGGUACUCAAUAGGAGAGUCAAUAAGGAAAGUCUUAAUUCGUAACAGACAUAAUGCUGAAUGCAACAAAGAAUCUGUUGCUGCAAGAGAUUAUUGUGGCCAUGGCUCUAGGUCAGACACAACACGUUGUGCUCAUGAGAAUUUAGUAAUUACACAAAACGGUACUUAAAACCUUUUUUUUCCCCGUUUGCUUACUUGAAAGUAAAUUAAGGAAUUUUAUAAAAAGAACAUUUACAGAAAGGCAAAACGAAGUAUUCAUAGCUAAAUUUGCUUGCUGAAAUCUGGGAUGCUGCUUCAUUAGACGUCUUUAAAAAAAAAAAAAAAGAAACCUCAAGUACAAGUAACAUGAAUACACACACAUACAUUUUGCAACCUUUGGUUCCUCAAAAGGCGCUAUAUGAAUCUGAGUUAUUAAAUAGCAUUGCUGUUAAAUGAAAAGCAUGUUUUUGUUUAGUUUUUUUCUAUCUCAAAAACAAAAGGUUUGUUUUUUUCCAGAUGAAAAACAAAACCUAAAAUAAAAUCUAGACAUAGGGGGGUACCUCCCAAGUUUGACUACAAUCCCUUCUGCGAUGCUGGUUGAAAUUUGACAUGGUUGACUUUCAGAUGGAACUGAAUUGCUUGACAUCGGUCACAUAUCCUAAUCAAAGUUUAUUGUUUGCAAAAAGCAGCUCGAGACCAGCCAAUUGAACUAAAACCCUACCAAACGAAAAGCAGUAAGAGCGCUAAACAUAUUUUUCACAAAAGUAUUGGCUGAACCCCAGUUUGCACAAUUUUUGGGCGUUACUGCUUCAAGUUGGAUGCUUUUCAAUGCAUAGUGACGUAACAGGGGUCCUCGCUUUAAGAUGUAGUUCAUUUGUCAGGACUGUUUUAAACCAAGGACUCCUUUUUAUUGUGUUUGCAUAUCUGCAGUAUGUUUAUGGAAUUUGGUCUUUUUGUGCAAUUUUCCACAAGAACAUUUAUUUAAGAAGACCUAUGGUUGAGUUCUGGUUAGUACAACUGUACAAUUGCUAUUGUACAAUGACCGAGCACAAGGAAACAAUGCGGUUUCCCUGUGUGUUUGUGUUCAUGAUUCUUAAUGAAAGCUGUCGGUGGCAGACAGUUUUACUGUUGAACAAGUAACGGUGGAGCAGGAAAGGCCUUAAAUGGAUUUGGCAAUCACCAGGGCAUGCCAUGCCCUUGGCUUUUCUAGUGAGCUGUGAUUGUAGUUGAAGCUGAAGUCUUGAGACUUCACCUGCACUUUGCUGUGAGAAUGUAAGAGUUGGCUAUCGGUACUCUUACAAGUAUCUGUAGAGUCGAACCUGAGCUGGGCCUCUUGGUACUCUGAAGGGGGGCUGUAGCUCAGGUCUUCUUCUUGUGGAUGAAACUGUGGGUAAAGCUGUCUGAGACAUGAUUGUUCUGGCGAUUUAUUGUAAAGCCCACAAUAACCCUAUUCUUAAGAAAUGCCAUUGGGGGGGAACUAAGUAUGGCCACCCUAGAGACAUUUAAGUCAGACCUGUCCUUUUGUUUAUUUUGGUGUGUGUGUUUUUUUUGUCCCAAAAUGUUUUCCGUGGGUGUUGGCCCAUUGAAACAAAAUGUUGAUUGAAAUCACAAGUGUGACCCAACAGAGCAAAACUGUGAAUCUGCUGCAGAGCUGCCUAUCAAGCCUUUGCUCCUCUUCACACAUCUACUACAUUUGUUGCUAGUUGCUGUUUCUCUCUGUCCCGCUGUGUUUAAAGGUAUUUCCAAAGUUCAACUGAGCCUUUUGUGAAGCUACCUUACGUUGUAGAGAGAGAUUGCAGCAUUUGUUUUUUUUGUUUGUUUUUUUUGGUCUUGGAGUUCAGUUGUAAAUGUCCUGGACAAUUAUCUAAUUUAUGUCGUUAUCAUGUAUGUUUAUCUUUUUUUUUUUAAUAUAUAUUCUUUUUGAACUUUUGUUUUCCAUAUGACUUGUUGGCUUUAAAGCAUGAUGUAGAGUCCUGAAUAAGAACAAACAUCUCCCGAGCCAAAUUGAUCAGUGAUGCAAAGCUGAAGCUAUUAUUAGAGAAGCAGUAUGUUACAUUUAAUGAAAAACCUCACUCUUAAGGUAAACUUGUAAGUUGACAAGGUGACAAAUCAUUUACAUCGAAUGCACUUUAAACGUCAAUUCAUCCAUCUUAAAACCCCUCUUUUUUUUUUCUUUUUUUUUUAGUUUGUUUUACAUCCAAAUACUAAAUUAAGGCCAAACAAUCCUUGUAUUAACAUGAUGCACCUUAAAAUGUUUUGUUUGUGAGUGGGAGGGUGUGUUGUUUACAUACCAAUGCUGAGCAGUAUGCUGGAUAGAUUUAUUCCUCAAAAGAUUUGUCACAUUAUUAUAACUGGAUUAUUUGACAGGAAGUUGGUCAUGUUUAGAUUUGAGAUCAUGUCGUCGUUGUUUUACAGAUAUGGUCAAUCUGAGCCAAACUUUUGAAUGCGAAACAAACGAGAUGCUGACGGAAUGAUCAGUGUGGUUUGCACAUUAAAAAAAUAGGCCCAUCCCUACUUAAUAGAACUUAUUUUUGUAUCUGUUGUUUGGGUUUCUAGUACUUCCACCAUAUGUUUUGGUUUCCCCUUGUAUUAAGCAAGACUUUAGCUUUACAAGUGUUUGCAUGGAGUUAUAAUACUGUAUAUUUCCUCAAAUAGUGGCCGACCCUACAAUGGACACUGUACCGCGAGUACCGGUAGACACUGUACCGCAAGGACCGGUAGUCACUGGGUGUGUCAUUCAGUCAAGACAAAGAAAUGGCACUGUAAUUUCUAAACUGCUGAGCCCAUAUGAACUCGGUUUCUAAGUCCUUUGCUUACCAAAACAGCACCUCUUUGCUCAGUUUUCGUGUGUGUUGGAAACAUGUUCCAUGCGCAGUAUUCAAGAUGAUGUCUGAUGUGGAAGUGUUGUGUUUAACAACAAUUUUGAGUUGUGGAGACUUGUGCGAUUGCUCCACAAUGUUGUGUGCAUUUACGUUUAUGUUUCAGGGAGCUACGCAAUUUACUUGUUCCGCCGAAUCUCACUUUUUUGUUUUGUUUUAAAUCAGUUUGGAAAAAUCGUCAGCCUAAUAGCACAAUUGCUUAUGAGUCAUUUGUGAACACUUUUGGAAAAUAUGAAAAACCACAAAUUCAACAAACAACAAGAGUGGAUUUGCUUCCAUUAAGCUUUUGCAUAUAACCAUGAGCUGGAUGGCUGAUAAUCUACAGAUGUAAAGAAAAAAAACAAGCGCAUUGUUGUUGAUGGUGACAUGACAGUUAUGCUGUUAGGCUAAUGAAAUUAAAGCCAUCCCCCUGUUAGAUGCCACUAUUUGAGGAAAUAUGAUACACGCGGUUUGAAUGGAAAGAUAUCCACUGUUCAAAAGCAACCUCACAGAAAUUCCGGUAAUGCUGUCAUGUAUGUUUUGUUUUUUAGUUGUUUGAUGCCAAAAGGGGGUCAGGGAAAAGACAAUGCUUUAAGAGUUUGGCACCUUCUGAAAAGCUGGUUUCCUUCCUAGCGCUUUUACUUACUUGUAAACUGAGGUACUCAAUGUUUUGAACCCAGAUUCAGCUUAAUCAACAUCUUUGUAACAUGCACCAACGAGACGAAUAACCUGACAGAGGCAUUUGUUCACGGCUAUAUAGCAAAGUCGGGCUCUUCCAUUACUCUCACACCCAGGUCGUGCUGGAUAAAGGAGGAAAUUGAACCUCACCAGCUGUGAUUCUCUUUCUGUGCCACCUCCAGUUGCUGACAUGAAAUCAGACUGGUCUUUCAAAAUGCACAUAGAUCAAGGUGACACUUGCCAAGGUCUUGUCUGGAGCGUUUUGCACCAUUGACAGUCCAAUAAAAGCCGCCUCCUACAAUUUUUGACUGCUUGGUGUACUUAGGAUGUGACUGUUUGAGCCUCAGAGGCAAUGCUGGGAGGAGCACAUUAUUUGGUCUCUAUUUUUGAUGACAAUAUCAGUAACUUUGUAUACAAUCCACAAACCGGUUCUACUUCAUCCAACCUUCACCGUCCUACCUCAUUGUUACUCUGGUGUUUGUCAGUGACUCUAAACUGUGUGUAUAGUCAUAAGAAAAUUGAUAGUAAAAGGUUAUACCUGGUUACUCAAUGUGUACAGAAUAUAUAAAUAUAUAUGUAUAUAUCUUCUUAAACACCUCGAUUCACACUCAUUCUUGGAAAAGGAUGUGCUUCUUUGAUGAUGCUGCUGUGCAUCGAGGGGGCUGCGGCUGUGUUGUAAUCUGCUCUUUGCUACGUCGUGCAGUCGCUCCCGCUUGUGUUUUGUGUCUGUGUUGCGUUUGGAGAUUUUUACUGGUUGACGGUGCUACCAGCAAACCGUUCUAUACGGACCUCAAAUGGUGCUUUUUUUCUAUGUUUUUAACCCUCAUGGAGGAGGAGGGCGUGUUUAAUUCAGGCGCGUCAACCACACCGCUAGUCCCUCAACACUGAUGAAAGCCACCCAAGCCAAAACGCUUUGCAGAACGCUCAAACGUUUUUGCUGUUAAUGUGUCGUGUACGUGCUAUCCGCUCAAAUGCUGUUCUCUAUUUGUCAGUCUCAUGAGUACCUCAGAACCUGUUGAUUUUACAAGGACCCGUCCGCUUUCAACGCCUGUUUGCUGCCAAUGUUUUAAGUGUGUUGUGUAAUGUCAUGGGGAGGAGUUCUGGACCUUCCGUCUGUAUUGAUUGUCAUCACAGAAUUUAGUUUCACAAAAAAUGGAUUCUAUUGACAGUUAGGGUUAACUACAGUGGUGCCUUGAGGUUUGCGUGUGAUUCGUUACGUGACUACAUUAGUAACUCAAAACACUUCAUCUUUUCCCCAUGGAAAUUAAUGUACUGUAAAUGAUACACUGUUUCAGCUUCUGAAAAAAAAUCUAAAAUGUGUUUUAAUAAGAACAAUAGGACUCUAUAAGCACCUUGGGCCUGGGUGCAGUAUAAUACAGAUAUACAGUACUGUACACGGAGAUGGUCUCGGCCCCUCAGUAAGGCGCAGUUAUACUAGUAGUUCUUGACUCAGGAUAAAAAAAUAUAUGAUGGCGUAUUGUUAUUUUUAGUUAUCCUUAUCAAGUUUUUGCUCUUUAAGCAAAAAGUAGUCCCAAUGACAGCUCGUAUUUUAGAAAACCGCAAGUUGGGUCACUCGUAUUUCAAUGCACCACUGUACUCAAAGAGCAAAAGCGGAAAAUGUACAAUCAGUGUGGCUGUUUAUGGCUUUUUGUGUUUGCUUUUUCUGGUUACUGUAUUUGGUAUGAUUCCAUACACAUUGCAUUCACCCUUUUUCUUUCAAAAAAAAUGUCAGUAUUUAUGUAGCAGUGAGUACAACGUUGUCAGACUAUGACCCACUGCCGUACCAUUUCUGGACCUGUUUUAGUCAACUAAAUAUGCAUUAGUUUUUUGUUUUAGGAGAUUUUGUAAUUUAAAGUUUGUUUUUCUACUCGUAUGUGUUUCAACUAGGGAUGGGCAUUUGACUACAUUUCCUUGAUUGGCCAUGGUGAAAAUUAACCAGAAAUUAAUCUGAUUAUUUUUAAUUGGGGAGGAAAAUCUCUCUGAAUGAACUCCUGUUCCCACGCCAAUGUUGUAUUGAGCUGAGGAACACUGAGACAAGGAGUUGUACCAUUGUGUGAAUGUGGCUCAACUUUCCCAAAACAUGUACUUGUUUACACCGCAAACUAGUUGAGAAUGAAUCAACAGCACCUCUGCUGGUUUGAUCCAAGUAGUGCACUCCAACAAUCAAGUCUGUUUCACACAACUCGGCCAGAUUCUUAACAAUCAAUUGAUUAUCAUGCCCAUCCUUUGGUUUCAACAAAAAUUUCUCUCCAAUGAGAUCAGAAUUUGUUCAGUCAUUUUCUUUGCAGCACUUAAGCCAUCCCUAGGACUAUUUGGUACAGUCAUUACAGCACAUCUGUCUGAUUGUGUCUGCACAACCAUGAUGUCAUGUCCGAAAGGGACGCAAUCAUCACGGCAACUCUGACUUUUACCACAAUAUUUAUUGUAAUUAAUGAAUUUAACUGUGCUGUACAGACCUUUGGGUUUAAGUGCAUUGCCGUGCCCAUUAGGGCAAGACAGGGUAGUUAAUGCAUUGUUUUCCAGCCUGUUGGUAUGAUAAUGUGAAAGACACUCUUAUAAUUUCAGUCAACACUCCCUCAGCCUGCUUUAGCCUCCCAGAGGCAACGUUCUAUACUCGGCAAUAGUGUGUAUAUGUCCUUGCUCAACCGGCCACACCUCUGCUAUGCUGGCAACAUGCUUAGCAUCCUCUUAUGUGUCUCUUGCUCCUUUCAGGAACGUGUUUAAUGUAGAGAUAAUAAAGCAAAAUAAAUCCAGACUUUUAUUCUAUCAGCA